GGUACUUCUCGACGAAUCAGAUUGCUACAUAUCGACGAGGCCGAUAUGAACCUUGGAUUCCCCUCGUUGACAUUAUAUUUCCUAGUUUAUUUACUAGUUCCGGUUCUCUCUGGGUUGGUAUUUUAGUAGAUACAAAUAAUUUGUCUUUCUAAUGCAGAACUGAUUAUUAUUCCAUACUUAAUGUACCUCGCACCGCCAGCAAAAGUGAAAUUAGGAAAGCGUACAGGUCGCUCGCUUCCAAAUUACAUCCUGAUCAAAACCCUGACGAUCCGAAUGCCGACCAGAAAAUCAAGGAUUUAAAUAGAGCUUAUGAGGUUCUUAGCAAAGAUGAUAAGCGUGAGAUUUAUGAUCGAUAUGGUGAGGAAGGUUUGAAAAACCAAGGAAUGCAUGACUUCAAUCCAUUUGGUUUUACUCAGUCUUCCCCCGAAGAACCCCGCGGUGGUGAUAUUGUUAUGGACUUAUGGGUUACUCUCGAAGAGCUUUAUGUAGGAGUUUCUUUCGAGGUGACCAGACGUAAACUGAUUAAAGUCCCUGCACCUGGAACUCGGAAAUGCAACUGUCACAUGGAGUUACGUACAACCGUCUUGGGCCAUGGUCGUCUCCAGAUGCAUCAAGAGCAAGUCUGCAAUGAUUGCCCAAAUAUUAAUUUUGUAUCUGAAGACCGAACUCUUGAUGUGGAAAUUGAACCAGGAAUGAGAGAUGGCGAGAUUUACCCAUUUUUGGGCGAAGGGGAACCACACCCAGAUGGUGAUUCGGGUGAUUUGAAAUUCCGUAUUCGACAGCAAAAACAUAAAAUUUUUCACCGACGAGGUGAUGACCUGUACACUAAUCUGACUUUAACGCUUGUUCAAGCACUGAAUGGAUAUCAUAUAUCGUUCCCACAUUUAGAUGGCCAUCACGUUGUUCUGUCAAGUGAUUAUGUUACAGCUCCAGGAACAAUCAUUCGUAAACUGAAUGAAGGAAUGCCUAAUUUUGAAAAUAAUAAACUUCGUGGUUCAUUGUAUAUUACAAUUGAUAUUCAAUUCCCUGAUAAUUUUAAAGUACCCAAUGAACAAAGAGGAAUAAUCAAACAGUUAUUCGAUUCAUCUACACCUUCAUCUGAUACAGUUAAAUCUGAUAAACCAAUUCUAACAACUUCAUACAAUGGACUAGAUGGAGUAAAUAGAAAGCCUAAUAUAAAAAUUGUGAAUUAAAUUAGUUGUCUUUUUAAGAAGAAAAAAAGGUAAUUGACUACCUUUUCAAAAUACAAUCAGCCUUCUUGCCUGUAUUUGUAAAAAAACGCAACAAACAAACAAAACAAACGAAAGUAGUUUAUUUUACUUUUAUAAAGUGAGUGAUCUUUUUAAGCAUAUUUUAAGUUCAUCAUUUUUCUCAUCUCCGACGCCUAUUGUGUACAGUUUCUCUGUUUAUACAAUCCAUUUUUCUAGGAUUAAAUCCAAUUGCCUAUUUUUUCUUCUCUUGGUAUUUCCAGUUUUUGUGAACUUGUUUUUUGCUAUCGAGCGAUAAAAUUAGUCUUUUGCAUCUAGAACCAAAUAUUUGUUGUUGUUUUUUCUUUUUGUAUACCUUACUUUACACCAUUUUGAAUUACCUGCUGCCAAUAGUUUUAUUAAUAUUAGGACAAAUGAAAAUUGAACCAGUGUAAAGUUUUGUUUACAUUUAUUUCAUGUAUGAUGAAACUGUGUCUUCUUUCUUUCUUUUUUUCUUUCUCUCAAUACUCACGAUUGUUUUAAAACUGAACUGAACUUCUUUUUUUCACUUUCUUACUGUGAAAAUAACCAGCUGUUGAUCUCACCUAUGUCUUCAUUGUUUUUCUAAGGCUGUACAAAAAGAAAAACUUACUCAAAUACACAUUUG